AUAGCAUGCAGUUCAUGAAUAGUAGCUUGGCCAGCCUUACAAAAAAUUUGGGUAACAACCAUCCAAUAACAAGCAAAUAUUUCAAAAAAUUAAGUUAUACAAAAGAGCAAUUAGCAUUAGUAUAUCGCAAAGGAGUUUAUCCCUAUAACUAUAUCGAUUCUUAUGAUAGGUUUCAGGAGACAGAACUUCCUCCCAUUCAUGAAUUUUAUA